ACAGCGUGAGCGUUGCUGCCGCGGCUCAGAUCUGCGUGUGCACGGACAGAUCUGCGUCUGCACGCAACUACAGCCCUGCUGCCCCCCCACCGACCAGAACUACCCCAACAACUACCCCAACUACCCCCCACCUCUCCAGCUGACCGACCUCCCGAUCAUCGGACACAGGUGCGGAGGGGGCCGGACUUGGAUGCGGGUCAGGAGCCGCCGGUGCGGGGACGGACGGAGCGGUCACAAAUAGCCCCAGGGGAGAAGAGAAGAGCGACCAUGGCCAAGACACUAUUUGGCACCAACUACCCGACCAGCAUCUGCUUCAUCGUGGUGAAUGAGUUCUGCGAACGCUUCUCCUACUAUGGCAUGAAAGCGGUGCUGACGCUGUACUUCCUCUCCUACCUCCACUGGGACAAGGACCUGUCCACGGCCGUCUACCAUGCCUUCAGCAGCCUCUGCUACUUCACUCCCAUCCUGGGAGCCAUCAUCGCCGACUCCUGGCUCGGGAAAUUCAAAACCAUCAUCUACCUGUCUAUCGUCUACGUGAUUGGCCACGUGGUCAAGUCCGUGGGGGCCAUUCCCACUGUGGGAAACAAAGACAUGCACAUCGCUCUGUCCAUGAUAGGUCUGAUUCUCAUCGCUCUGGGCACCGGAGGAAUCAAACCCUGCGUGGCAGCGUUUGGAGGAGACCAGUUUAAGGAGGAGCAUCUGAGCGAGAGGCAGAAAUUCUUCUCCAUCUUCUACAUGUCCAUCAAUGCUGGGAGUCUCCUGUCGACUGUGAUCACGCCGAUCCUCAGAGGUGACGUCAAGUGUUUCGGGGAAGACUGCUACGCUCUGGCCUUCGGGGUUCCCGCAGCCUUGAUGAUCGUGGCCUUGUUCGUGUUCAUUGCUGGCAGCGGUCUGUACAAGAGGACUCCUCCUCAGGGAAACAUCCUGCUGGAAGUCUGCAAGUGCAUUGGAUUUGCCAUCAAAAACCGCUGGAGCGGCUCAAAGUAUGGCCAUAAAAGGGAGCACUGGCUGGACUGGGCGGAGGAGAAGUACUCGAAAAGUCUGAUUCAGGAGAUAAAGAUGGUCCUGCGGGUUCUGGUUCUCUACAUCCCCCUGCCGAUGUUCUGGGCUCUGUUUGAUCAGCAGGGUUCUCGUUGGACGCUACAAUCCACACGGAUGAACAUGGCGAUUGGGGAAUCCUUCACCAUUAAGCCUGACCAGAUGCAGAUGCUGAACGCUCUGCUGAUUCUUGUCUUUGUUCCCAUCUUUGACCUCAUUAUAUAUCCGCUUGUUGGCCUUUGCAGGAUCAAAAUCACGCCUCUGAGGAAAAUGGCCACAGGAAUGAUUUUUGCUGCGCUUGCUUUCAUAGCAGCCACGCUGGUGGAGGUGAACGUGGUGAAAACGGUGGUGGAUCCGGCCCCUGGGGGCCAGUGUCUCCUGCAGGUGGUUAACCUGGCACACGGGGAUGUGACUGUGAAAGUUCCUCAUAUCGCUCACAGUCACUUGUUUCCAGACCCGAUCCCGCACCUUCAGGAUCCUCUUAAAUAUGAGACAGUUGAACUUAAGGGUCCCACUGAAGAGCUGAGCAUUGAAGUGAGCGGUGGUGGAGGGAGUUUCUCCUGCAGUCAGACGUUUGAGCAGCAGAAGGCCUUCAGCCUCUUCCUGUACAACGGAACCACGGGGAUGCAGUGCAAACUGGUGGAGGACUAUAUAACCAAAAGCCAAGAUGGGAAUCCUUAUGUGCGGUUCUUCAACACGCUGCAGAACCCUGUGAACAUAACGGUUGGAGAUGUGGGUUUCCACGCAGCUCUUGGUUACAGCAUGUCUGCAAACAAGACCGUGGAGCGAGGACCAUACCCAGCAGUCCCCAGCUGCAGCCUCCCGUCCAGGGACUGUCGUGACCUGGACCUGGGCCUGCUGGACUUCGGAGCCUCCUACACCUUCAUACUAAUGGAGGAAUCAGGUCAGAUCACAGCGCGCAGGAUGGAGGAUGUGAAGGGCAACAACGUGCACAUCGCCUGGCAGAUCCCCCAGUACGCCCUCAUGACGGUGGGAGAGGUCAUGUUCUCCAUCACCGGCCUGGAGUUCUCCUACUCACAGGCUCCGGCCAACAUGAAGUCCGUCCUGCAGGCCGGCUGGCUGCUCACGGUGGCGUUUGGGAACGUGAUCGUGCUGAUCGUGGCCGAAGGGGCGGGUCUGGAACAGUGGAAGGAGUUCCUGCUGUUUGCCGGGCUGCUGCUGGCCGUCUGCAUCAUCUUCUCCAUCAUGGCCACUUUCUACACCUACGUAGACCCCGAAAACCUGGACAAGAUCUACCACGACGACCCGGGGAAGGAGGACGACCAAGGGGACAAGAAGAGGAAGAAGAGUAAAGACAUUCAAUUGAACAAAUCCGUGAGGAGCACGAAACUCUGAUUCUACAGCCCUGUACAAAGUCCACCAAUCAUUCUAACUAAUGUAUCCCUUUCAUUGUUUUACUUAUUGAAGUAUUACUUUGGUGAAGCAUCAACUUGUGACCAGCAAGACAUUUCUAGAGAUCCAGUGUUUGUGACCUCGUUGAAACACUCCAUUCUCUUGUAAAUGUUAGAACGAUGCAGGAACGACGAUGAUAAACACCAACAGAUGCUAAAUGGGUGAUUUCCCACAUGAUGGUCCGUAGUCUUGUUGUAAUCUGUUCAUAUGUUGUAUAUUAAUAUUAACGACAUGUCAAAUGGCAAUGUUUGCUAUGAUAUUCCAUAUACUGCAAAAACUCACAAUCUUAACAAGAAUAUUUGUCUUAUUUCUAGUUAAAAUUUCUCAUUUUUAGUCAGAAAAAGAGAGUCAUCACUGGAAAAAACAAGAAUUUUCACCCGUUUCAAGUGGAUUUUCACUUAAAAUAAGUAAAAAAAUCUGCCAGUGGAAAAAUAUUUUUUUGCUUGUAAUGAGAAGAUAAAUCUUGUCCCACUGGCAGAUUUUUCUACUUAUUUCAAGUGAAAAUGUACUUGAAACAGGUGAAAAUUGUCAAAUAAGUUAUUUUUCUGGUAAUGAUUUUUUUGAAUAAAAAUGAGACAUUUUAACUAGAAAUAAGACAAAUAUUCCUGGUAAGACUUUGAGUUUUUGCAGUGUAAUAAUCAUGACGUGUAUUGGACAGACAAAUGAUUGUUUACAUCUUACGUCUCCUGUAUGAGAAUAUUCCAAACGUCUUUAACGUUUCAGCGGCGCUCGCUCACAAGCACAUGAACACCAGGGAAGCUGUACAGGCGUAUACGAGUUAAAACAUAUCAGUGUCUUUGUUUUUAAAUGUUAACAUAGGAAAACCACAGGUUUUUAAUCGUAAUAAAGAGUAACGGUGUAACGUGUAGCUGCGUGUGUUCCAGGUUCUACGUGAUUACAACAGCAGGGCUAACGUGGGCCUUUCUGAAAAUGACAAAUCAAUAUUUGAUGUAUUGUAUUGUAUUGUAUUGUUAUUUUGUUUGUGCUCAAACUAGAGCUUGGGGAGUUCUGUGAUCGUGUUUUAGGGUGUAAACGCAGGGAAGGUUGGGAAUUAUUGAAAUCAAUAAUACUUCAAUCCCUGAAGGGACAUUACAUAUGAGGAGAAAUGAUGAUGCGCUAAAUAUAGUUCUGUAAAUUACGGAAGAGUAUUAGGGCCAUGCAGGAGAAAAAGUAUUUGAGAAGGGAAGAUUUGUUUUUAUUGUGCACUUUGAGGAAAAAGUCGAAAUGUCGAGAAAAAAGUUGGAAUGUUGAGAUUAAUGUUGAAAUACAAUUUCAAGAAUAAAGUCGAAAUUUCAUGAAUAAAGUCGAAAUGUAGAGAAUAAAGUUGAAAUACAAUUUUACAAUUUACAUCCUUGUGCAAAUGUCUCCUCUCAUCAAAUCCACUUAGCAGAGCGACUGACAGCUACUCAGCAGCAGCAGUAACUAACUAACUAACUAACUAACUAACUAACUAACUAACUAACUUCCUUGGAGUGGAACGUUAAGGCUACGUUUCUGAAGUUAUGCAACUGCAUAUGUGUGAUAUGUGUUUCAAAUCAAUAUCGUAAAGCCAAUUCUUGUAUUCUGAACCUUGUUGUUACCAAUUUACAUAAAUUCAAGUUGACCACUUGAACAAUUUUGUCAAUGAAAUUUUGACUUUUUUCUCAACAUUUCGACUUUUUUCUUGAAAUUGUACAUAAACCUUUUCCAGAUAACCUUCUAUAGAGAUUAAGGCACUAUAAAGCUGUUAUCCUGCUCUGUCUUUUUAGUUGACAUUGAAUGAAAGUUGAAAUUUCGAGAAUAAAGUCGAAAUUUCAAAUUUAUUCACGAAAUUUUGACUUUUUUCUCAAGGUUUCGACUUUUUUCUCAAAAUUGUACUUAAGCAUUAAUCUCGAAAUUUCGACUUUUUUCUCGACAUUUCAACUUUUUUCUCGACAUUUCGACUUUUUUCUCGAAGUGCAUAAUGAAAAAACAAAAAUCUUCCUCCUCUAAAAUAUUAUUUUCAUUUUUCUCCUGCCUGGCCCUGAUACUUUUCCGUAAUAAAUACACUACUAACUGUGUUCAAACUUGUUUUGUGUCAAUUUUUAUUUUUAUUAAAAGUCUUUAUCUUGAAGGUAUGAAGUUUUCCCCUGUAUUUAGAUGCACAUCCUGCCCUGGUGUGUUUAGUUUGUUUAAUCGCAGCAGCAGCAGCAGCAGGAUGUUCGGAUGAUCCAGCUCACUCACACCACUGCAGCUUUCAUUCAUCACUAAAUUAUCCUGAGCUCGCCGAGCGGCCGGCGACCAUUCUCAUUAGCACAUGACAAAGAAGCACAGCACACAAAACAAAUCUAUGCAUCCCCGGAAUAUUAUCUUGAAUUAUUUGUUUUAUUAGCAUAUUAACUGGAUUUGGGCUCAUCUGUCCUCUGGAGCUCCAAACGGGAUUAGCAUGUGGACGGAGCAGAUGGAGGAAAUGUCAGGCCUGUGAUGGGGACACUCAUCAUGUGCUGGCGUUUCCUCACAGCUGCUGCUCAGCUCCAAAUAAGAGCGGGAUGGCUCCACAAAGGACUGAUCUGUUCAGGCAGAGGUUCUUCUUUUAGGUUUUUCACUCAGAAUAUACCGUGUAUCACAUGUUUUGGCAAUUGUAUUAUCAUUCUGGCAAAAAGUCAGUAUAUAUCCAAUGUCACUGGAAAGGCAAUCCCAUGUUCUCCCACGGUCCUGAUUAAUGACGACUCAGUUAAAUUUACAUUACAAAGAAAAAGUUAUGUACCUGGCAGGAUUAACAGCCGCUAAAGACAUGCUUGCUCUUGGAUGGAAACCACCACAUCAUCUCCCAACAUGUCACUGGUUUAAUCUGUUUAUGGACAUUUUACAUGUGGAACUUUCAGUGGCAAGAAUUCAUGGUGCAGGACCAGGACAUUAAAAAUAUGGACACAUGCUGAUUUUUUGAUGAUUUUAUAUCUUGGUGUGAUGAAGUCUUCCUUCAUAUUAAUGUUUCUAAAACAAAAGAGGUUUGCAUUGAUUUUAGACGUAAAUCCCCAGUUGCUCAUUGUACCAACCAGUUGAGCUAGUGACCAGUUAUAAAUAUCUCGGCACUAUAAUUGAUAAUAUGCUCAAAUUUGAUGUGAGUUGUGAAACGCUUUGCAAAAAAGGUCAACAACGCCUCUUUUGUCUGAGGAAGCUCGCUAAAUUCCAGGUAGACAAAACCCUGAUGAAAAUGUUUUAUAGUGCUUUUAUUGAAUCUGUUGUUUCAUUUUGUAUCAUUUGUUGGUACGGAAAUCUUGCCAGCAAGUAGAAAAACUCCCUGUGGAGAAUAAUUGUGCAUGUUGCUUCUAAAGUUGCUGGGGUCAAGUUCAGCAGUCUGGACCAAAUUUUGAAUUCUCAGGUGAUUAAUAAAGCAAAGUCCAUUCACAGGGACGAUACUCACCCUCUUAACCAAGAAUAUAAGCUUCUUCCCGCUGGCCUUCGCAUAACUGUUCACCCCAGCUACAAAAAAUAGAUCUAAAUGUUCCUUUGGGCCUCUCUCCAUGAAGGCUUUGAACGCUGCAGAGAAGAGGAGGUGAUUGUGGUUUAGAACCUGGUCCAUGCUGCCACCUGUGCUGUUGAAAUCUAUUUAAAACUAUUUAUGCUGAUCGGUAGUCUGCCUUUUUAUUAUUUCUCCCUCCUUGUGUUCUGUGGGCUGUGAUCUCGGUGCAUCUGAUGUAGUUUUUCUCUGCUCCAUCAUGUAUGUUUUUAUGUCUGAACGUGAUGAUGAAUGUGCUGAAUGAUUAUAUCUGCUGCAAACCUAAUCGCUCUUCAAGGGAUGAAUUAAUAAAGUGAAGUGACUCUCAGUUAAAUUUACAUUACAAAGAAAAAGUUGUGUACCUGGCAGGAUUAACAGCCGCUAAAAAGAUGCUCUUGGAUGGAAACCACCACACGAUCUACCAACAUGUCACUGGUUUGAUCUGUUUAUGGACAUUUUACAUAUGGAACUUUCAGUGGCAAGAAUUCGUGGUGCAGGACCAGGACAUUAAAAAUAUGGACACAUGCCGUUGAAAAACUGAAAGAACUGAACAUUGACUGAACAUUUAUCUAUUUUUUUGUUUUUGUUUUCUUGUCUUGCUUGUUUUGUCCUGUUGUGUUAUUGUUGUCUUGUUGUAUCUCUACAGGGUGGGUGGGGGGACGGGUGAUUUAAAGGUUUUUGCUAUACAGUUGUGUGCAUAAUUGUUCAAUUUAAUUGUAUGCAUCAACAAAAUAAUAAAAAAACAGUUGAUCACAAA